AUGUACCUUGAGAAGGCCAACCAAUUGGAGGAAGAAAGCUUGACUGAAUUUUUAGUCAAGUGGAAGGCGGCAGUCGGGGAGGUCGAGCCGAUGGACGACCUGACGGCCAUUCAUAUGCUGCACAUCUCUUUGCAAGCUGGUUAUUUGUACCAGGAUUUUAUACUCCACCCUCCAACCACUUAUGAGGUAGCCCUCCAUAGAGUGACGGAUUAUGCCAAUGCUGGUGAGGCAAAUGCCGUCAAGAGGUCACAAGAGGUCGGGACAUCAUCCCGGAAGCCUUCCAGUCGGGCGGAUCAUCGGUCGGAAGAUCAUUCCCGACCCCGUACCCGACCAGGAGAGUUCACGGCGUUAAACCGAUCAGCGGCGGAGGCCAUGCAAUACGCUCAGUCUUGCAACCUUAUCUGUUUACCUCAACCGGGACCAGAUGGGCCGGAUAAGACGAAACAUUGUGCCUACCAUCGAUGUGCAGGACACGACACGGGGGAGUGCACACAUUUAAAACAACUGUUGGAAGAUGUGCUUAACUUGGGAAAGCUAGACAAAUGUGUGGGGAAAAGAGAAGAGAACAAAAGAGUGGGCGAGAGAAAAGAUCAAAGGCGAUCUCAUCAUCGCUCCGAUCGCAGAGAUCAAGAUCGGCGGGAUCCCGAUCCUCCAUCUAGUAGCCGACCGGCGUCCAAACCGACCAUCCACGUCAUAUUCGGAGGUUUGGAAGAUGCUUCCUGA